AAAGAAAGGUUGUGUUUCCAUAUUUUUACACAUGACCAAAUGCAUAAGCUCCACACAAGGCAGCAGUCGACUGAGUACACACGUGGAGAAUGACCAGGAGGAGUUUUCUCUGAGUGGACUUGUACGACCUGCACUGUUUUAGCGCUUUGGAUUAUGCUCUUCAUCCCGAUCCUCUCGCCGCCGCCACUGAGCUUGUAGAUUCUUCAUCAUUCUGAUUUUCUUUCUUCCCCCCCCCAUUAAUCUUUGAUUAAUGCAAACAUCGUCAUGUUUAUCAGAUCAACUUUUCUCCUUUACUUUGUGGUCUCACUCUUAAAGCUCGCUCGUUGCAUGGAGAGUGAACUUUGCUUCCCGAUUAGAAUGAAUAGUGAUGAAAGGACGGAUUCUGAUAACGACGUGGAUUUCCUUAAUAGAAAAUAUGUCCUAAAGAUUAAAGCUUUCAAGCAGGAAUUAGUGAUCGAUUUACAGCGAGACUCUAAUUUCAUUGCCCCUUCCAUCUCUAACCAAGGCGCACUGUGGCUCUCCGAUACCGAUGUCACCACUGACCUGACCCGGUGUUUUUAUUCUGGAUAUGUGAACGCUGAUCAGUACUCUUAUGCCGCUCUCAGUCUCUGCAAAGGUGUGCAAGGUGCAUUUGGCUUCCACGGCUGGGAAUAUUUUAUCAGCCCGGUACAAAAUGACACCAGAAGCGCAGAGAGCGCGCACAUCGUCCGGCGCAGAGCCAGCAACAACCUGAAGCCCAGCUCUACCUCCAGGUGCGCAGUGGACAGCGACAUAAGCCUCCAGGCUGCGCAGUCCUUGGAGAAAUACAAGCGACUGGCGGACCACAGCAAUGUGACAGAAACGAUGCUGAAGAGGAUGGGGAGAGCCAAAAGGUUCGCCUCAGUCCCCAGAUACGUGGAGACGCUUGUUGUGGCGGACGAGUCCAUGGCGAAAUUCCACGGAGAUGACUUAAAGCACUACCUCUUGACACUGAUGGCAGUGGCAGCGAAGCUGUACAAGCAUCCCAGCAUCCUCAACUCCAUCAGCAUUACAGUUGUGAAGAUCAUGAUUAUAUCCGAGGAGGACAAAGGACCCAAGGUGUCCGGGAACGCAGCCAUGACGCUGCGGAACUUUUGCACUUGGCAAAAAAAGAUGAACAAAAACAACGACAAGCAUCCCGAGUACUGGGACACAGCUAUUCUUUUCACCAGACAGGACCUCUGCGGCGCCUCCACCUGUGACACACUUGGCAUGGCAGAUGUUGGCACCAUGUGCGACCCCAAGAGGAGCUGCUCUGUAAUCGAAGACGACGGCCUUCCUUCAGCUUUCACCACUGCUCAUGAGCUCGGGCAUGUGUUCAACAUGCCACAUGACAAUGUGAGAUCCUGUGAGGACCUGUUCGGAAAAAUGCAGGAGAACCACAUGAUGUCACCCACACUUAUUCAGAUCAACCGUACCAGCCCCUGGUCCCCCUGCAGUGCCGCAAUCAUCACUGAAUUUCUGGACGGUGGGCAUGGUGAUUGUUUGCUCGACCAGCCUCAGAAACCGCUAGUCCUACCUGACACGCUGCCAGGAUCAUCCUACAAGCUCGAACGCCAGUGUGAGCUCGCCUUCGGUGAAGGCUCUAAGCCUUGUCCCUUCAUGCAGCCGCCAUGCAGUCGUUUGUGGUGCACUGGAAAGUCCAGCGGACAUUUAGUGUGUAUGACUCGGCACUUUCCCUGGGCAGAUGGCACUCAGUGUGGGGACGGACAGGUCUGCGACCGAGGGGUCUGCACUGACAAGCAGUUUCAGAACUUGAAGGUGGACGGCCGCUGGGGCAAGUGGGGACUGUUCAGUACCUGUUCACGCACAUGUGGUGGUGGUGUCCAGCUGUCAAAAAGAGAGUGUAACAACCCAGUUCCAUCAAAUGGGGGUAAAUACUGCCAAGGAGUUCGGGUCAAAUACCGCUCUUGCAACCUGAACAGCUGCCCUGACACAGGUAAGACAUACCGCGAAGAGCAGUGUGAGAGUAGCGGCCAGAGAUUCAGCAGUAACCGUAUCAGCCACUCAGUGGUGUGGAUACCCAAGUACUCUGGAGUGUCCCUCAGUGACAGGUGCAAACUCAUCUGCAGGGCUAAUGGUACGGGCUACUUCAAUGUCCUGGAAUCAAAGGUUGUUGAUGGGACUCCAUGUUCACCAGAUUCCACGGGAGUGUGUGUCCAGGGGAAGUGCAUUAAGACCGGCUGUGACAGCAAAAUUGGCUCCACUAAAAAGUUUGAUAAGUGUGGAAUCUGUGGAGGUGACAACAAGGGCUGCAAGAAAGUGUCUGGACUCUUCACAAAGCCUGUGCAUGGCUACAACUUCGUUGUCAUGUUGCCAGUGGGUGCAGCCAAUAUAGACAUCCGCCAGCGAGGCUACAAGGGAAUGGUCAGUGAUGAUAACUACUUGGCCGUGAAGAACAGUGACGGCCAUUACCUGCUCAAUGGGAACUACAUAGUGUCAGCUGGCGAGAAGGACAUCUUUGUAAAGAGAAGCUUGCUGCGCUACAGUGGCACAGUCGGCCUCUCCGAGACCAUACAGGCCAUGAAGCCCUUGGGAGAAGCCCUGACGGUGGAGGUCCUUUGUGCAGGCAAGUUGACACCUCCUCGCAUCCGCUACUCCUUCUACCUCGCCCGUCAGGUCAAGGAAGACAAGACUCUGAAGAAGAAUGAGAGGGUAAACUCUCAAAACAGUGUCCUGGGUGAAGAUAGUGUCAAGGAGAAAGACACAGAUACCCUAAAGAUGUCUUACAAAAAGGAGGAGCCCGUUCUGGACAAGUGGGUUACCACAGGCUGGGAUGAUUGCUCCGUUUCCUGCGGCCGUGGGAUCCAGAGGAGGAUGGUGCAGUGUUUGAAACCAGACGGGAAGCCAGGGUGGAACUGUGACUCUUCGCACAGACCUCCAGCCACCAGGGUUUGUGAAGGGCCAUGUCCUGAGUGGUAUAUUGGCCAGUGGUCACCGUGCUCCAGAACCUGCGGGAAGGGCUUCAAGAGACGACCACUGCACUGCCAAAGCCAAACUGGGCAUCUUCUCACAAGAGAUCACUGCACUGGUGUUCGUAAACCACAGGAGCUGGACUUCUGUAACAUGACGCCUUGCUAGUAACUUAAACCUAUAAGCGACACAAGUGUUUUUUUCUGUUUUAAAAGGGUGAAUUGAUUCGAUCUGCAAGUAUCUUUUCUAUCUGUCAGACAUGGAUUUUUCCACUUGGGCUGUUAGAGGAUGAUGGACACCUGCUUGGAAGAAUAUCAACACUCAAACCUGGAAGAUGAAUGCUGAAAGAUAUCUUUCACUGCCACUUUGUUUAAGCAUUAUUCAGGAGUACAUUUUAUGGCAAUACAAGAUAAUCAAGGUCAAAUAAAAUUUAGUUGAAUUCCUUGUACUGUCAGCAGAUACAGAAUGUCCAUUUGCAAGCAAUCAAUCUAGUUUACCUUUUGAGUCUGGAACCCAUUUCAUGUCAUAAUACUUUAACUGUGCAGGCUGCAGAUUAGUGAAAGCUGUGGGUAGUUUACAAAACGACUCCAGUCAUUUUUCAAAUAGCAACUAUACCAAGAGUGACAUGUAUGAAUAACAGUUUGACUAAAACAUAGUUUCAAAAUAUCUCACGCAUGUUUUAUCGGCCAUCUUUUUUUUUUUUAA